AUGCCUCGCGAGGGUAAGAAGCGGGGCAGGCGACAGCAGGAGAAAGAGGGAAAGACCUCUGCAAAGCGCCUCAAAACCGAACAUACCCGUGACGAAGAAAUUCCAAGUGAAGUUGUGGUGGAGGGCGAUGCCGGAGAUGACUUCAUAAGCUUCGAUGUUGAGAGGCCGCAAGGAAUCCAGGAACCGCAAGAAGAAACCCAGUUUCACGGACUGCUAACCCCGGAAGAACAAGAGUACUAUGCAAACGUCAACACAAAAAUCGUUGCAAAUGAUUUCGAGUCCCCAGAAGACCGUGAUGUUUUCCUCGAGGCAGUGCACAGAGAGACUGAAGGCAAAGAAAUGAAGGUCGCAUCCAGUCAAUCUUGUUCUAGAUAUCUAGAGAAGAUCAUCAUGCUGUCCACUCCGGAACAGCUGCGACACCUUUUCAGCAAGUUCCUUGGAAACCUCACCUAUCUUGUGCGGCAUCGGUUCGGAAGUCAUUGCUGUGAGACGCUUUUUCUAGAAGCGGCGAAACACGUGGAAAGGGAGCCUCAUGUGGAGGAAGCCAGCGAGACUGAUUUGGUUGGCUUUGAGAACCUCUUUCUUCGCGCCGCAGAAGAGCUUGAGCCAAACAUGGGCUUUCUUCUCACUGACAGAUUUGCUUCACACACCAUUCGAGUGUUGUUCCUCGUGCUGUCGGGCCUGUCAUUAGAGGAUGAUUCGGUCAAGGCGAUGGUCGCUAGCAAAAGAAAGGAAAAGCUCGAAGCACCAGUCGAAAAAGAGACCGAGACGCACGAGAGCAAACGUGUCGUGCCCAAGACGUUCCGCAACGCUCUUGGCAAGUUAAUUAGCAGUGCAAUUUCGGCACUGGACACGACCUACUUGAGAGCAUUGGCUACACAUCCGACUGGCAAUCCUGUCUUACAGUUACUUUUACGUGUCGAACUCUCAGCAUCCGGCAAGAAUAAGGCAGCAGAAGAGAAUUCGGUCUUUCGAAAAUUGUUACCAGAUCAAGAGCUGGAGGAGGAUUCUGAGAGUGCUAAAUUCAUCUCUGGGUUGAUUUAUGAUCCUACUGGCUCACAUUUAGUCGAGAUUCUGGUCAAGCAGCUUCCUGGCAAAGCAUUCAAGAAGCUCUACAAGCACGUGCUGAAACCACGGCUCGGGAGCAUGUCUAAAAAUGAUACAGCAAGCUAUGUGGCGAUGAGGAUUCUCGAACGGCUAGGUAAAGAUGAUCUUGAUGAAGCAAAGACAUUGAUAUUGGCAGAGCUGCCAGUCCUCAUUUCCCGGCGGAGGACUGGCCUGAUCAGGGUCCUGAUCGAACGAUGUGCUUUGCGAGGAGUGGAUCUGCAGGAUGUGUCGGAUGUGAUCAAGUCAGAAUACAGCAGCGACGGAGAGGAAUUCCUGCCUAAUCUUCUGAGCUUCAGACCGAUGGAAGUACCAGAACAGCCAGCGGACAAAGACGGGAACAAGGGCACACAAACUUCGACCCCAAAGACUGAUGUUCAUGGCUCCCUACUGGCUCAGACGAUGCUCCAAAAUCCAAGGACCUGCACGGUUGUACAGGACAGUCUGUUAUCACCGGACCCUAAAGUGCUGAUGGCAAUGUCACGCGAUCCAGCUUCGUCGCGCGUCGUCCAAUCUGCGUUGUCUCCGACAGAAAGCAAUAUGCAAUUCAGACGGGAGUUUGUCCCUCGUUUCUAUGGACACAUCAGCGACCUAGCACAAGACCUUACUGGCUCUUACGUGGCUGACGCCCUAUGGUCAGCCACGGACGGGCUUCAUUUCAUGAAAGAGCGUCUAGCCGGAGAGCUCGCCAGCAAUGAAAGUCAACUUCGAGACUCGCCGUUCGGCCGGAAUGUUUGGAAGAACUGGGCCAUGGACUUGUACCACCGACGGCCUGGUGAAUGGCGCGCUCUUGCCAAGGGUCUAGGUCAGAGCCGCACCAUGGCUGUGCCUUUGAAGGAAGCACCAGGGCAAGAGAGAAAGAAGACGCCGAUCGAGCUCGCGCGCGAGAGACAUUCUCAGAAGGUGAAUUCGCACAGCGCUAAGAACAGCCAUGCUGCAGCGAGAUCCACAAACGCUGUGGUUCGAACCAAUGCCUAA